CAAGUGCACCAUUUAUACCCACAUACAGUAAUUACAUCAUGUCUUCCACAGAGCGGAAUGAUAAAGAUCUUUCAUUGAAGCUGUCAAAAGCAUAUCUCAACUUCUCCCUUACACCUGUUCUUUGUUUACAUUUUCUUUUUCAGGAUUAUCGACGACGAAUGUAGAAAUACAAUCCUUGAGAUUUAAUCAGAAAUGCCAAGAUAAGAGGUGUUUGAAAACCUCAAAGUGUUUGUGUACUUGUAAGUCACAGUGUUCUCCUGUUACGUCAGAGGCAGAUCAUUGUUGUGAGCGUGUUCUUUUCGUGACAUUCACUAAGUUAAGAUAGACGGUCAAACAGGUUCCAGUCAGAUGACACCGGUCUGCGCUGACAUGAGGGAGUGGUUUUAUGUAUUUACUUCUUUACUUCAGAGAAUAAGAAAAGAAUAGAAGUGGAAGUUGUUUAAGGAAACAAUGGAGUGAUUGGUCAGCGACUGCUUCUGGUGUCUGGAUAAGCAUCACAACAAGAAAUCCCUGCCAGCAUACAUCCGAUUGUGCAGUUACACACAUUUGCCAACCACUUCCCCUUUUUUUCCUGUGGAACACUAAAUUGCAGAAGUCUCUCUGAAAUGUCAGAAUGGAUCACGUUCAAAACCCUGAAACCUGUAAAAUCUGGACCAGCAGCGAUUUUAAUGAUCAUGGUUUGACUUUGGGAACUGUCUGAUCCUGAUUCAAAGGCUGCCAGUCAUGUUGGAGCCUGGAUCUGUGGAUGAGGGAGUAUUAUGUGGUUCACCAUCAGUCUGCAAGUUUGUUUACCCGCCGUAUUUGUUCAGAGAAACAUAUGAGCUGAACGUAUUUUAUGUGGCAACUGGCUUUUUCUCUGGACUGCUUGCUCUGCCUGCUGGCUGUGGCCGGGAUCACCAAUGGAUAGUACCAUUACGCUCUCCACAUCCCUAAUUACUUGGGAAAUGUCUACUUUCUGAAUAGACUUUUGUGUUAAAUCUGAGGCCAAAUGGAGGAACUAAGGGCAUCUGCUCACCGGAGUCAAAGACCAAAGGAAUUUCCUCUGUUGGAAGUCUGAGCCCAAUGGGAUAAGAACUAAAAACACUGAACUGUACAAGACUGUAAGACUUUACAGGUAAUUACUCAAAAGCAAUCUGGAGUACCCCUCUCCCACAAUGCAUUGCCAUAUGAGGAAGAAACGGACCACACGCGACCCUGAUUUCUCAGCUAUCGCGGUUCCCUCAAUGCACGGGUCCGGGUAUCUGGACUACGCAGUCGAGACCCACGCUUCCAGAUCCCUCGAGGUCAUGGAGGAAUUCAGACGGCAGGAGAUGUUGUGUGACCUGGUGCUACAUGUCACAAACAAGGAAAGGACGGUGGACUUCAAGGUGCACAAGGUGGUGCUGGCCUCCUGCAGCCCGUACUUCAGAGCCAUGUUCACCAGCAGCUUCAAAGAGUGUCGCGCCUCCGAGGUGACUCUUCGUGAUGUCUGCCCCCAGGUGGUGGGAAGACUUAUUGACUUUGCCUACACCUCCCACAUCACAGUGGGAGAGAAGUGUGUGUUGCACGUUCUUAUGGCUGCUAUGAGGUAUCAGAUGGAUGACGUUGCCAAGGCAUGCUGCGAUUUCCUCACUAAGCACCUGGAGCCUGCUAAUGUCAUCGGCAUCGCCCGCUUCGCAGAGGAGAUCGGCUGCACGGAGCUGCACCAGCGGAGUCGAGAGUAUAUCAAUACACACUUCAGUGAGGUGACUAAAGAAGAGGAGUUCUUCAGCCUGUCUCACUGCCAGCUGCUGGAGCUCAUCAGUCAGGACAGUCUGAAGGUGCUCUGUGAGUCUGAGGUGUAUAAGGCCUGCACAGACUGGGUCCGCUGGGAUAUGGAGGGCAGAGCCCAGUACCUGCAUGCCCUCCUGAAUGCGGUUCAUAUCUACGCCCUGCCACCUAAGUUCCUAAAGAACCAGCUCCUGUCCUGCCCCAUCCUCAGCAAGGCCAAUUCCUGUAAGGACUUCCUGUCUAAAAUCUUCCAGGAUAUGACAUUGAGGAAGCUGCCUCCUGCACCGAACCGGGGAACUCAACUCAUCUACGUGGCCGGCGGAUACCGGCAGCAUUCACUGGCCUCCAUGGAGGCUUAUGAUCCCAGGAGGAACAUGUGGCUAAAACUGGCUGACAUGGGGUCUGCAUGUAGUGGUCUGGGGGCCUGUGCGCUGUUUGGACUGCUCUAUACUGUCGGAGGCAGGAACCUGUCGCUUCAAAACAACACCGAGUCCAGCGCCCUGUGCUGCUACAACCCGAUGACCAACCAGUGGAGCCAGCGAGCCUCCCUCAACAUCCCCAGGAACAGGGUCGGGGUGGGCGUGGUGGACGGCUGCAUCUAUGCCGUCGGAGGCUCCCAGGGCUCCACACAUCACAACACAGUGGAGAGGUGGGAUCCGGAGUCUAAUCGCUGGUCCUAUGUUUGCCCGAUGUCGGUGGCUCGUCUGGGCGCUGGAGUGGCGGCGUGUGGGGGGGUUCUGUAUGUGGUGGGGGGAUAUGAUGGGACCAAUCGCUGGAACACUGCUGAGAAAUACCAGCCUGACACUAACACCUGGCAGCAGCUGGCACCAAUGAACACUAUACGCAGCGGACUGGGACUGGUGUGUCUGAACUCUCACCUGUACGCAAUAGGAGGGUACGAUGGGCGGAGCCAGCUGUGUUCUGUGGAGCGUUACAAUAUAGCCAGGAACCAAUGGGAGCCCAGGGCCUCCAUGCAGUACUGCCGCAGUGCACACGGAGUCACAGUCCACCAGGGACGCAUCUUUGUCCUCGGAGGCUUCAACCAGCACGGCUUCCUGUCCAGCGUCGAGUGUUACUGUCCAGACAGAAACGAAUGGACGUGCGUCACCGACAUGCCCGUUGGACGCAGCGGCAUGGGCGUCGCCGUUACCAUGGAGCCCUGUCCCGGCAGCCUGCCAGAGCAAGAGGAGGACGAGGAUGGAGUCACAUGAGGAUGAGGACUAAGUCUCAAGUGUUGAGUACGGUUCCAAGUGGUGCUGCUUUUCAAGAGAGGGGUUAAGUGGGUUCAAUAAAUAAAAAGACAUUCCAAUAUGAAAACUCCUCGUACAUCGCCGCUCUCAUGGAUCUCAUUAUUAUCGCCCCGUGGAGUACUGCAGGUAUGGAAACGCUGAAGAGGAAGUUUCUACAUCUGCUAGGGGGGACGAGUGACACAGAGACGCUGGUAGCAUGACGGUGACCUCGCAAUGAACAAGGUGCUAGAGAUAAUCUCAAAUAAUGGUACUAUUUGUAUCCCCUCGGCUGUUUUUAAUCUCUUAGUGUUACAUUUUAUUUGUAAAUUUACAAAGUGAAACGACCUUCAGUGUCCUGAUUUCUAAUUCCUCACUCUUGUGUUGUAUCUCUACCUCUGUCUGUGUCUAAAUGAGCACUUUUCUUAUGUGUUAUUCUUUAUUUUGUGACAAUAUUGUCUCACCCAAAACUGCCAUUUUGUGCGCAUUCACCAUAUUUUAUUUCUGAAAAUAAAGCUAAUCAAAUGUG